GAGACAUUUAUUCUUGUCUUAAAAUGCGGAAGGAUAACAGUUGACUUUGAUAAAGCUGAAGGAUUAAGACUGAGUGUGAAGAUGGGUAACUAUACAGGCUUCAUAAAGAACGCAUCCUUAAAGGACUUCGUAGUCGAUAAGGACGAUAAAUCACUUCCCGAAACUUUCGUCAUCGUAAACUGUGCUCUUAACGUUCCACUGAUGCUCAUAUGCAUUCUGGGCAACGCUUUGGUAUUGGCCGCCAUAAUAAGAACACCUUCCAUUCGUUCACCGUCAAUGAUCAUGCUCUGUAGUCUCGCUGUUUCGGACCUUCUUGUUGGUUUUAUUGCUCAGCCACUUUUUAUCGCGGAUGAACUCAUCAAGGAAAACCUCGUUCUAUAUCGUGUGUCGGCGAUGAUUGGAUUUUCCGUGUGUGGUGUCUCCCUGGCUACAAUAACACUGAUCAGCAUCGAUCGUUUUCUGGCUGUUCAGUAUCACAUGAGAUAUGCUACUUUGGUGCGCCACUCUCGGGUAAUUUCUAUCAUUGUCAUGAUAUGGUUAUUUACUUUGGUAUGUUCGGGAUUUCACAUCUGGAAUAAAUUUCUACACCACCUUCUGUCGGGAAUCUAUAUUGCUAUUUGUCUUAUAAUUUCCACACUUUGUUACAUCAGGAUUUAUCUCACGGUCCGCCACCACCGUUCACAAAUCCAAGCUCAACAGCUGGCAGUGCAAUGUCACUAUGCUGCAAACAACACAAGAGUGAUGCGAUUGAAACGAAGCGCUGUCAACACUUUCGUAUUUUACAUCUUUAUUGUUGCGUGUUAUUUGCCAGCCUAUGUUCUGUUGACGAUAUUUGGACUGGGAUAUAUGGAAUGGGCAACAGAAUGGUCCAUCACAACCACUGUGGUAUUUAUGAACUCAUCCAUCAAUCCAAUUUUGUACUGUUGGCGUCUUCGGAAACUUAGAGCUGCAGUUGUGAAGACAGUUAAAUGUGUGCUACGUACUCACACAGAUCAGGACUGAAAACGAAAGAAAUGUUAGUGGUAUACGUUUCGAACCUCAAAAUCAAAACAAGAAUUGAUUGUCAAAUUGGGUGUUGUUGGCCUUAGUGGAGAGAAGCGACUUUUGGCGAAGAAUAGGGAGUUUCGAAAAAAAAGAAUAUCCAAAUACUCGGAACCCACUGUAUUUUAUACCUGCUGAAAUAAAUAAUGCUUACAGAUCAAAUUAAGUGUCAUUCUUGUUCACAGUUUGUCACCCUGAUCUAUCUCGAACGGAGUAAAUCGAGAGACAUUAAUCGAAGGCAUCACUGUUCAUACAGUAACUACCAAUUUUGUUUUUUUAA